GUGCUCUCCACUCGUAACAUCCACUCACUCUCACCACCCUUAGUCUAGGCUGGCGUGCUGUCCAUAAGAGCAGGAAGAAGACGGAGCUCUGAGCUGAGCUGAAACAUCUGUCUGACACGAUGAAUCGGGCUUUGCCACUGGCUGGUGUAACCUUCUUCUUCAUUUCGGUGGCGUGCGCGUCGGUGGCGGCGGCGGCGGGAGGCGACCGGCGGCCGUACAUCGUGCAGAUGGACGUGUCGGCGAUGCCAACGCCGUUCACGACGCACGAGGGCUGGUACACGUCGGUGCUGUCGUCGCUGGCGGGCAAGAAAGAGGAGGCGGCGCCGGAGCACCUGUACACCUACACGCACGCCAUGACCGGCUUCAGCGCCGUGCUCACCGCGCCACAGCUCGCGGAGAUUCAGGGCAUGGAUGCGCACGUGUCCGUCUUCCCUGAGACGUACGCGCGCCUUCACACCACGCGCACGCCUGAGUUCCUCGGGCUCGUCGGUGGUGGCGCCUCCGAGGGUAGCAGUCUCUGGCCGGCGUCCAAGUAUGGCGAGGACGUGAUCGUCGGGAUCGUCGACACGGGCGUGUGGCCCGAGAGCGAGAGCUUCAGCGACGCCGGCAUCACGAAGCCCGUGCCGGCGAGAUGGAAGGGCGCGUGCGAGGCCGGGAAGGACUUCAACCCCUCCAUGUGCAACAAGAAGCUCAUCGGCGCGCGGUCGUUCAGCAAGGCCCUGAAGAAGAGCGGCAUGUCCAUCGCCCCGGACGACUACGACUCCGCGAGGGACUACUACGGCCACGGCACCCACACGUCGUCCACGGCGGCCGGCAGCGCCGUCAAGGGGGCGAGCUACUUUGGCUACGCCAACGGCACGGCCACCGGCAUCGCGCCCAUGGCUAGGGUGGCCAUGUACAAGGCCGUGUUCGAGGGCGACACCCUGGAGUCUGCCUCCAGCGACGUGCUGGCCGCCAUGGACCGCGCGAUCGCCGACGGCGUCGACGUCAUGUCACUCUCGCUGGGAUUCCCGGAGACUUCCUACGACACUAACGUGAUCGCCAUCGGUGCCUUCGCCGCCAUGCAGAAGGGAAUCUUCGUGACGUGCUCGGCCGGGAAUGACGGCUCCGAUGGGUACAGCAUCAUGAACGGCGCGCCCUGGAUCACGACCGUUGGCGCGUCGACCAUCGACAGGGACUUCACGGCGACCGUCACCCUCGACACCGGCAGCGGCGGCGGCACGAGGAGCAUCCAUGGCAAGUCGGUGUACCCGGUGGGCACGGCGAUCGCCGGCGCCGACCUCUACUACGGGCACGGCAACAAGAGCAAGCAGAUGUGCGAAUACUCCAGCCUCAACAAAAAGGAGAUAAGCGGCAAGUACGUCUUCUGCACCGCCGGAGAGGGCAUCAGGCAGCAGAUGGACGAGGUGCAGAGCAACGGCGGCCGCGGGCUGAUCGCCGCGAGCAACAUGAAGGACUUCCUGCAGCCGACUGACUACACCAUGCCGCUGGUGCUGGUCACCCUGUCGGACGGCGCCGCCAUCCAGAAGUACGUGACGGCAACGAAGGCGCCGCCCAAGGUGAGCAUCCGAUUUGCCGGGACGGAGCUCGGCGUCAAGCCUGCUCCUACCGUGGCGUACUUCUCCGCCCGCGGGCCGAGCCAGAUGAGCCCGACGAUCCUGAAGCCCGACAUCGUCGCGCCGGGGGUGGACAUCCUCGCGGCCUGGGUGCCCAACAAGGAAAUCAUGGAGAUCGGCACACAGAAGCUCUUCACCAAGUACAUGCUCGUCUCCGGCACGUCCAUGUCGUCGCCGCACGUCGCCGGUAUCGUCGCCCUCCUGCGAUCGGCGCACCCCGACUGGAGCCCGGCGGCCAUCCGCUCCGCCAUGAUGACCACGGCCUACGUCAAGGACAACGCCAACAAGGUCAUCGUCAGCAUGCCGAAUGGGUCGCCGGGGACUCCGCUCGACUAUGGCAACGGCCACGUGAGCCCCAACCAGGCCACCGACCCCGGCCUCGUGUACGACGCGACGGCGGACGACUAUGUCAACUUCCUCUGCGGCCUCCGCUACAGCAGCCGCCAGAUUACGGCCGUUACCGGACGGCGAAACGCCAAAUGCGCCGCCGGUGCAAGCCUUGAUCUCAACUACCCAUCAUUCAUGGUCAUCCUCAACAAAACCAUGUCCGCGACCCGGACGUUCAAUAGGGUCCUGACCAACGUCGGCAGCUCACCGGCGAAGUACAGCGUGUCAGUGACGGCUCCGGCAGGGAUGAAGGUGACUGUGACGCCGCCAGCACUGUCUUUUGGUGGCAAAGGAAGCAAGCAGAAGUUCAGUGUCACCGUGCAGGUCAGCCAGGUGAAGAGAGCAGGAGAUGACUACAACUACAUCGGGAAUCAUGGGUUCUUGAUCUGGAACGAGGUUGGAGGACACCGUGCUGUCAGGAGUCCAAUAGUCUCAGCAUUUGCUCAGUGAAGAGCAAGCAAUUAAAGUAUAUCUGGAGCAAAAGUAAAAUCCCGAUAAUAGGAAAACAAUAAAUAUAUAAUCCUGACCAGAAGAAGUAACACAUAGACUGAAAGGAGAGGAAAACACACUCCCGGUCACUGAUCGAUAAAUUUAAAAUUUGUAAAUAUUUUUAUCAACAAAUUACAUUCCACUUAAAAAGAGUUAAUAGCAUAUAUUCCACUAGCUUGAUUUGUUUGCUUCAAAAUAUGUAAAUAUCUAAAUGUAAUAGGAUGUUAAAUUAUAUAUGCAUUAUUUAUUGGGUGUGACUAA